UGGGACAUCGAUUUCGGUUUGGGUUGAGCCUUUUUUCGGAACUUUAGGUACAAAAUUUAUCGAAAUUAAAUUUGGAAAUCAACUUACAAAAUGUCUCUGUGGCGCUGUGCGGCUGGCAGCACCCAGGCACAAAAUUGGUGCAAAUGUUUUGGCAUCUUGAGGAGCCCGCAACGCCCCUACGCCAAGGACACGCGGCCGACACCCAAGUGCUCCGAUGCGGAUGAUGGAUGCAAUAAAAUCCGAGACUGCGACAACACAAACUUCGUGAAGAGCGACAAGAAGGCGAAGGACAAGUUUCAGUUUCAUCACUUGAUCAAGAUGCCAGACGAGUGCUGCAUCAACGAGUGCAUUGACUCGUUUCCGCGCUUCGACGAGUGCCUGUACAAGGAGUCGGACAAGCGGAAGCGCAAGUACCAAGUCACCUGGGUGGAGUGUCCGCCCCUGCAGAUCAAGCCGAAGAAGAUCUGCUGCUUUGAGGGCGGCAAGCGUCCGCCUGUGGCGCGGCGCAAGCGCAAGGUGAAGGACGCGUGCGUCGAGGACAAGCCCUGCCCCACCGAGGGCGCCUGCCCCAAGAUAGCGAGUCCCGGCUGCAAGCCGGUCCGGGAUCCCGCGCGCUGUCAAAUUGUGCGCGUGAAAACGGACUGCGUGAAGGUGAAGGCGCCGUAUCCGGCGUACUCCGAGUGCCGGCGACCCAAGCCCCGCCGCAGGCCCAGAGUCGAGUGCAAUUGCCGGGACACUCCGCCCAUGUGCUUGGUCUAUGAAGUGCAGGCGAAGCUGGAGCGGCAGGGCAGGACGCCGGGCGAUUGUCCGCCCAAACGGAAGUGAGAUCGAAGCGAUGCCAGCCAAUGUUGCCCCAACUAAAUAUAUAAAAUAAAAGUAAAACCAAAUAUA